AUGCCUCUGGGAAUUUGCGCUGUAGCUGUCAUCGUCACCAUUAUCGGAUGCUUUGUUCACAUUAGUGUGAUAAUUCAAGAUAUCGUCAACCUUCAGGAGAAUAUCAAGAAUGGAAUGACGGAUUUCAAGACUGUCAGCGAUGAUACAUGGCUGACCAUUAUGGCAGAGCAGAAGAACCUGGACGCCUUUCUGAAAGUACCAGUCAAGACCUUUGCCGACGUGGUAACGAGGAAGAAGAGGCAGGCAGACAAAUGCGAGUGCUCAAUGAGGGCUCAAAAUUGCCCACCCGGUCCACCUGGCCCUCCAGGUCAGCCAGGAGAGCGUGGAGAAGACGGUGCCAAAGGGCCCGAUGGUGAGAAUGGUGCUUCAGGGCUCGCGCUUCUGUUCGAGUCGGAGUCGCUGUCUGGAUGUAUAAAAUGUGCGCAUGGGCCACCAGGGUUGCCUGGACAGCAAGGUCCUCCUGGAACCCCAGGAGCACCUGGUACUCCAGGACUACGCGGUCCACCCGGUGAAAGUGGAGCACCUGGACCAGAAGGAAUGGUUGGUGAACCAGGACCUCCAGGUCACCCCGGACACGAUGGCGCACAGGGUCCCAGUGGGAAACCGGGAUUGGUCUACAUGCCUGGAAUGCCAGGUCCACCAGGAAUGCAAGGACCAAGAGGUGCUGUUGGUGAACCGGGAGAGCCUGGUGCGCCCGGUGAUGAUGGCGAGCCAGGACGAGAUGGGCCACCGGGACUUCCUGGAAGACCCGGACGAAAAGGACAAGAUGGAAUGCCGGGAAUACCUGGAGAGAAUGGAGUUGCUGGGCAAGAUGCUAAUUACUGUAAGUGCCCAGCGAGAGGUCAGAGGGUAUUUUAA